CGAAAUACUCGUCGCGCUGGUCAAUUUGCAAAAACACCCACCCCUUUAUUCCGACACAACAAGCGAUCCUCGCCGCUGCUCUCGCCCCCUCCCGUGACUCUGCUUGCUCCGCCGCGCCAUCGUCGGCCUCCGUGCAGCUCGCCCGCGCCUUCCUCCCGCUCCCUCCUCCCUGCGUAGCUCCUCCGCCCCCUUCUCUACGCAGCUCGCCCGCUCCCUCCUCCGGCUUACUCCUCUGCGUAGCUCCCCCUCUCACUCCAUUGGGAAAAAUGGCAUCUUUCUCCUCUGCAGAACACAGCGCCGCCUAGCACUUCGCCAUGGACGCGCUCAGCUUCGUGGUACCGCGGAUCCUCCUCUUCGCUGUCACCCACGGCUCCGGGGUGUUCAUAAUGCCCUGCCACAUCCCGCAAGGGCUCCGGGGUGGCUGGAGAUCUGUGGCGGUGGAGGGGAUCGUGCUGUCACCUCGCCGGACGGCUACAAGAAGGUCACCAUAUGAAGACCGCCUUCUUCAUCACCGCUCUAGGAACUCAGUUAACAACAUGUUAUUGGAACUACUCCAAGAACAGAACAGAAUGGCAUGUUAAUGUCAGUUAACAACAUGUUAUUACUUCCAAGAACAAAACAGCAAAACAAAAGGUUUUGAUUUGCUUGCAGAUUUGUGAGUGUGAUCUUCAGAGUGUGAUUUGACAGUCUUCAGAGUGUGAUCACCAUUUCCUUGAUGAACACAACAGAGAGGAACCAGUUGACAGGAACAUCAAAGGAUCAAGAGGACAGUAGCCGCUGCCCGCUGCGUCGAGAGGAUCAAUAGGAGCAGCAGAUUACUCACAGUUCAAAUCGCUCCAGCCUUGUGGUAUUUAGAGCACAAAUUCACGUCAAGAGGAGCAGAUGAUCAAUUCGAGUUGUCGGAGCUAUGAACGCCGGAGCAGCGGCGAAGGGUAAGGGAGCUGCGGACGCGGAGCAGCGGCAGAGGGUUAAGGAGCUGCGGACGGCGGAGCAGCGGCGGACCUUGGGCUCUCGAUUGGAGCGGAGGGUGGCGCCGGCGAGGGACCUGCGGCCGGCGGGGAAGGAUGUCGAAGUUGCGGCGGAGGGUGAGGGAGCUGCGGACGGCGGAGCAGCGCAACAACGGCAGACCUCGGUGACGGAGCUCUCAAUUGGAGUGGAGGCAGGCAGCCGGCGGGGAAGGACAACGGCGCUGCGGCGGAGGGAGACAGAGCUGCGGAUGGCGGAGCAGCGCAGCAACAGCCGAAAUCAGGCUCUUGAUUGGGGCGGAGGUAGGCGGCCGGCGGGGAAGGACGGCGGAGCAGCGAAGGAGCUUCCAAGCCACGGGACGACGGCCAGGAUGGAGAAGAUUCAAAACUGGGAGGACCUUUUUGCAAAAUGUUAUUUCUAUAGCGCUCGCGACAAGUAAUUGGAACCGGAGGGAGUAG